UGUAUGAGAUGCUGCCAAGUGCUGGUGUCUAUUACUUCCCGUGGGAGAUAGACAGCUCAGUCCCUGAGGGGAAGGCACUGAGGACAUUUGGCAGGUUAUGCUGCUAUGACCUGGCCCGAUCUGAAGCCAUUCUUAGCACACAGCACAACUUGGCUCAGUACCAAGUCUGUGUUGACACCAAGUUUGUUGAGCCAUUCCAAGCCCAAGUGGGAUCUUUCUACAUGGUCCUGGGAGAGGCUGAACACAGGGAAGGUAAUCCUGUGGUAAAAGCACGAAUAUUGACCUGUGUGGAAGGGAUUAACCUGCCUCUGCUGGAACAAGCCAUACAGGAGCAGAGGAAAUACUUCAAUGAGAGGCAGGAGCAGAGGGAAAACAGCACACCCUGACAGCAGCUCUGAGACCAGCCACAUGCUGAUCCUUGCACUACCAUUGGCAACAAAUAUGUUUAAAGUAAAUAAGGAGGUGUGUUUGCUGUGGCAAAAGGCAAAGUCACUGAGCAGGGAAACACUUGAAGACUCUGAGUCAAUGUGUGUGACUGUGGGCUGUCCAGUCCUGCCCUAGGUAUCAUGACUGAAAAUAGCUCCAGGAAGCAGGUUUGUUGUUUGCUUGAAAGGGUAGUUAAGGAAAGGGAACACUUGGAUUAUGCUGGUUCUUUUGUAAUGCACGACAUGAAGAAGUCAGAAGUCUCUGAAUCUGGAGUUAGGCAUCUCACGUUUGGCAGAUGGGGGGCAGAGGGCAUUAGCACAAAGUUCAUUAGCUCUGCCUGGCUGCAGGGCCCAUGAGUGCCUGUGUUGGAGUACCCUGACUCAGCUGCCACACAGGAACAUUCCUGGCAAAACACUCAUGUAUCUGGACUGACCAAAGAAACAAGAAGAGCA